UUCCUUUUUUUCUUGGAAUGUCCCUUGAUUAGAUCCCACCAUGGCAGAUCCAGAUCUUGAUUUUACCAGUGGAGAUGCCGGGGCCUCUGUGACGUACCCGCAGCAAUGCAGCGCCCUGCGCAAGAACGGCUUCGUGGUCCUUAAGGGGCGCCCCUGCAAAAUCGUCGAGAUGUCCACUUCCAAAACCGGAAAGCAUGGCCACGCUAAGGUUCACCUGGUUGGUAUCGACAUAUUCACUAAUAAGAAGUAUGAAGAUAUUUGUCCCUCCACCCACAACAUGGACGUGCCCAACAUAAAGAGAAAUGACUUCCAGCUGGUUGACAUUAACGAGGGCUUCCUGUCUCUCAUGAUGGACAACGGUGAUGUGCGCGAGGACCUCCGUGUUCCUGAGGGUGACCUGGGCAAGGAGAUCGAAACCAAACACGGCGCUGGUGAAGACAUGAUGAUUACCGUGCUCUCAGCGAUGGGUGAAGAGGCUGCUGUCGGCAUCAAGGCCUUUGCCAAAUAGGAAGAGCGAGCGCGAGAGAGAGAGAGAGACUGGGCUGCUCAGGCUGCAACAUGCAUCACAUUUAAUCUCCUGUUUUGUUUUUUCUUUACCAAAGCUCUGGCCUUCACACAACCUCAACUCCUUCCUUUUUUUUCCUUUUUUCUUUUAAAUCAUCCCUGGUCCUUGUUUUAGUUUCUCUACUGGGCUCUUCCUCAGCCAUAAUGUCUUUAGGUUGUUUUGGCAUUCUUCUCUCAGAUCAGAUUUUUUUUUAGGGUUGUUUUAGGUUUAUAUAUAUAUAUAUAUUUUUUUUCAUUCCACUGUUUUUGCCUUCAUGAUGUUAGUCUGGCCACUUACAUUCCUGAACGUUUAAACGGGAUCCAUUUGCCACAUAUAUUACACCCAGAUAAAUACGCAUGAGACAGGAUUACUUUGCAGAAUCGAUGCCUUUCAGUGGAAUUUAUGCGCAAUGCGUUUUAAAGGAGGAGAUAAAACGGCCCUCGCGACAUACCGGGUUUUAUUUCCCACUUGCUGCCUUAAGGGUGCCAUAACUUUUAUUUUGUUUGCUCUGUAUCUGCACUAAGGUCAGCUUUCUCAGUUGAUGCCUUUACCCAAACAAAGUGAGAUGUGUCCUGUUAGUUAGCACUUUGUAGUACUCUGAGUACUUGGGGUACUACUGGAAACACUUUUUUUUUUUUUCUUUUUUUUUUUUUUUUAAACAGUAAAAUCACUAAGCCAGACAGAAAUAACCCUCAGUGGAAUCUCUAACCUCCGGUCUCCAUAGUGAUGUGGACAGAAGGAUGUGAUGGCCAUGUGUGCGAGUACCUCUGUAACGCAAUAGCAGCCUGGUUCUGGCUGUCAGACAACCUUAAAUAAAGUGUUGAAGCCUG